AAAAAAAAAAAAAAAUAGGGUUUAUAUAUUUCUCCUCAAGAUCCAACGAUUAGGGCAACAAGAUCUGAAAUGGAAGCUUCAGAUAGGAUCAGUGACUUACCUAACGAUUUGCUCUUGAGAAUACUCUCACUAAUCCCUGUAAGUGAUGCAAUGUCCACAAGUCAAUUGUCUAAACGAUGGAAACAUGUUUGGAAGAUGUUGCAAAAACUUGUCUACGACGAAACCUCUUGUCCCAACAUGGGAGAGUUUGUACAAUUCUGUGGCAGGUCUUUGCAGUUACAUGAUGCUUCACUUAUCAAAACCAUAGAUGUCAAACUUAGGAAACACUCUGAUUCCUUAGAUUCUCUGUUUUUCCCAAAACUUCACUCCACUGUUCUUGAGAUCUCAGUCACUUCUACUGCUUAUCCUAUUUAUUACAGUUUUAUUACCUUCCCAAACAACCUUAAUGUCUUUCAAACACUAGUUGUCUUGAAACUCCAAGGUCUUAUUCUUCUUGAUGUUGUUGAGUCUCCUGUUUGCUUCCAGUCUCUGAAAAGUUUGUAUCUCAAAUGUGUCAAGUUCGAGUCUGGAGACUCUUUUACCGCGCUUUUAUCGGCUUGUCCUGUUCUCGAAGAUCUCUUCAUCCAUAGACGUUGCAGUGUACGUAGUUUUUUUUUCUCCAUAUCAGUUCCUUCUCUACAGAGAUUGUCUUUCACUAAAGAACCAGGAUAUUAUAGUGAAGACGAAGCGAUUGUCGAAAUUACUGCUCCUUCGUUGAACUACUUGAAGAUCUUCGAUCGCGUUGGUAGUUUCAGUUUUCUUGAGGAUAUGCCUAAAUUGGUUGAGGCAGAUGUUAAAGUUAACCUCUCCAAAAAUGAGAAGCUUCCCAAAGUUGUUACUUCUGUUGAACGUCUUUCGCUAGAUUUGUAUCCUUCAAUGGUUUUUCACCUUGAGGAUAGAUUCAUCUCCAAGAAACUUGGUCAUCUUGAAUUAGACAUUUACGACAAUUUCAAGUCGAAUCUACUUUUGAGUUUGCUGAAAGAUGUCCCUUACUUACGAUCUCUCAAGCUCAACCAUCAACAUCCCAUAUAUGAUUUAGAGGAUCAACCGUGUUCAGACUCCGAAUUGAGCUCAGUUCCUGAUUGCUUGAGUUUCCAAUAUCUGGAGACAUUUCAGUGGAUAGACUACGCAGGAACAUAUGAAGAGAUACAAGCUGCGGUUUACGUCCUGAAGAACGCUCGUUGUUUGAAGAAUGCUACAAUCUCUCUGCAUUCAAGAGGCAUAGAGAAUGAUCUCAUGAUGAUGAAGAAAGAGUUGGAAUCUAUGUCUAAGGCUUCAACCAUGUGUCAGCUUUUUAUUAAAUUUUAGAAAGUUUCUCCUACAUAUCCUGCAAUUGAACUUUAGCAAGAAAUCAUUUCUAUUAUUCAAAUAUGAAUUUGCAUUAAAUUAUUAAACUUUUCCCA